AUGAAUUCGAAGCGCCAGUUGACGCUAGCAAGCUUUGUAACAAGGAAAUCCAAGUUGUCUGCAUCUACUGGUGACAUUGUAGAAUCAGGUGAGCCUCUUAAGAAAUCAAAGAAUGCGUUGAGUCGAGGUGAAGUGGUGACUGAAAGCGGAAGGGACAGUCAAAGUUUGUCCUCUGACAGAAACGACUUGGGACGAUACAUUGACCAAGAAAUAAGUCGUCUAUCGGAGGAUGAGAAUUAUCAGUUGAUCAAGGCGAUUUUCAGGCCUAUCGCUGACUACGAGUUCCUAGUCAAGAAGAGAGACCGUACAGCUCUUGGACAGCUGGUGAACAGUUCAAUGACGAAUUUCACUCGAGCGAAGAAGACCCUGGAUGAACAUCGGCUUCAGGAGACCCACGUGGUGGCUACAGAGAGUAUGGCAGCGUUUAUGAGACAAACGGAAAAAGGUGAACUGUCAGUUGGAAAACUACUGUUGAGUGAACAAAACAUUGCACUGAGAGGACAUGGGGAUGCUGGCAGGGGAGGUAAUCAGGGAAACUUCCAUGCUUUACUGAGAUUCCGUCUUGACGCAGGUGACACCACUUUAGAAUCCCAUUUUAAGACUGCAGGCAGAAAUGCCCAGUACACUUCGCCAACUAUCCAGAGCGACCUACCUGUAUGUAUUGGGGAGUGGAUUAGAAAUCGAAUUGUAGACGAAGUUUUGGAGUCAAAGUUUUUCUUUGUUUGUGCCGAUGAAGUUGCAGAUAUGACCAACAGAGAGCAAAUGGCCCUUAUUGUGAGAUUUGUUGACAAGCAAGGACACAUUCGAGAGGAAUUCUUAGAUUUUAUACAUUGCGAUGAAGGUACUACAGGCAGGGCUCUUUCUGGUAAAAUCAUAUCAAGCCUGCAAGACAAUGGACUAGACAUGAAUUACCUCCGUGGUCAGGGCUAUGACGGAGCGGGAAAUAUGGCAGGCAUCCGUGAAGGGGCUGCAGCUCAUAUUACUGCCAUAUAUUCAAAGGCUUUAUACUGCCACGGCACAGCUCAUGUUCUCAAUCUAUGUGUUGUUGCAGCUUGCAAAAUCCAAGCUGUAAACAAGAUGAUGCCCACAAUGAAAGAAAUCAAUUUGUUCUUCUCUCACUCACCUAAGAGGCAGCAAGAAAUAGAAUGUUACAUUGCCAAAUGGAAGAUACUGGAUCAAACAGGAGAAAGCUGGUGGACUGGUGCCGAACACGUUGUGAACACGUUGGAAGAAGUCAGUCAGGGUAUUAGAAAUGGCUGGAAUAAGGAUUCAGCUGUGCAAGCAGAGGGACUGCUGGAUAACAUUAUAAAAUUUGAAUUCAUAAUAGCAUUUGUGGUAGUGAAGAAGACGCUUGGCUAUGUGAAAGGCCUCACUCUGUCACUGCAACAGCGAGCAUCUGAUAUUUGCAAAGCGUACAGUGAGAUUAAUAAUGUAAGGACUUGCCUUUUGCAGGUACGAGAAAGUAUUGAUCUUGUCCCUUUAGCAUGGUACAAAACAGCUGUCAGUAUUGGAAAGGCAGUAGGUGCAUCUGACCCUGCUAUCCCUCGACGUUGCCAGAAACAGAAGAACAGAGACAAUGUACCUGGUGAGUCUCCUGAGGUUUAUUUCUGCAGGUCAAUAGCGGUACCACUUCUUGAUGUACUAAUUAAUCAUCUAGAAGUCCGUUUUGGAGUCACUCAGACCGAGGUUUUGGAAGACUUUAGGAGAAUUCUGCUAAGCUCUGUGAUCAAGUUUAGCAACGACACGAGGCUGGCUACCCCUGAGGAUGUGAGUUUCACCACCAACUGGAUUGACGAUCUGUUUCUUGGAAGAUCUCCCUUCACCUACCGAUUUGCCACAAGAAAUACACAAUUGGACAAACAGGUGGAGGAGACAUGA